GAUUGGCUGACGUGGGGAGAGCCGGGCAGGUGCGGGUAUAUUUGAAUUCGGUAGGGGAGUAGGCAGUUGCUGGGGAUCUGGUGUGGUCCCAUCUGGAGCCGGUUGUCAGAAUGUCUUUUCCUAAGGCGCCCCUGAAAAGAUUCAAUGACCCUUCCGGUUGUGCUCCAUCUCCAGGUGCUUAUGAUGUUAAAACUUCCGAAGCAUCUAAAGGACCGGUUUCUUUUCAGAAAUCACAGCGAUUUAAAAACCAAAGAGAAUCUCAACAAAAUCUUAAUGUUGAUAAAGAGACUACCUUGCCUACUUCAGCGAAAAAGGCUAAGACUUUGGGAUCAAAGAAGGAGUCUCAGAAGAAUGAUAAAGAUUUGAAGAGAUUAGAAAAAGAGAUUCGUGUUCUUGUGCAGGAGCGUGGUGCUCAGGACAGGCGUAUCCAGGAUAUGGAGUCUGAGUUGGAGAAGAUGGAGGCAAAGCUAAAUGCUGCAGUCAGAGAAAAAACAUCUCUCUCUGCAAAUAAUGCUUCUCUGGAAAAAAAGCUUAUUGAACUAACCAGAACUAAUGAGCUUCUAAAAUCCAAGUUUUCUGAAGAUGGCAGCCAGAAGAGCCUGAGAGUGCUGAGCCUGGAGUUGAUGAGACUGAGAAAUAAGGGAGAAGCGAAGAUGAGGACUAUGAUGGCUAAACAAGAAGGUGUGGCGAUGAAGCUGCAGGCCACUCAGAGGAACCUGGAGGAGUCCCAGGGCAGAAUAGUACAGCUUGAGGGAAAACUUGUUUCCAUAGAGAAAGAAAAGAUUGACGAACGAUCCGAGACAGAAAAGCUCUUAGAAUACAUCGAAGAAAUUAGUUGUGCAUCAGAUCAAGUGGAAAAAUACAAAGUUGAUAUUGUGCAGUUAGAAGGAGAUUUGAAAGAGAAGAAUCAUGAAAUUUUAAGUCUCAAGCAAUCUCUUGAAGAAAAUGUUAUGUUUUCUAAGCAAAUAGAAGACCUGAAUCAUAAAUGUCAGGAGCUUGAAACAGAAAAAGAAGAGCUUGUCAACAAGAAUAGAGAAAGGAUUGAAAAUAUGCAUUCUGAGAUACAAAAUUUAAAAGAGAAGCUUGUUCUUGAAAAAGAAGAAUAUGAAAAGCUACAACAACAAGAAUUGCAAAUUGAAUCACUUCUUCAACAAGAGAAGGAAUUGUCUUCCAAUCUUCAGCAGCAGCUGUGUUCUUUUCAAGAGGAAAUGGUUAAAGAGAAGAAUGUCUUUAAAGGAGAGUUAAAGCUUGCCUUGGAUGAGCUGGAUGCAGUCCAGCAGAAGGAGGAGCACAGCGAAAGGCUGGUGAAGCAGCUGGAGGAGGAAACCAAAUCAACAGCUCAACAGCUGCAACGCCUGGAAGAGCUGCUCAGAGAGAAAGAAGUUGAACUGGAGAAAAGUAAUGCUGCUCACAGCCUCACCACCCAGAUUUUACAGGAGAAGUAUAGUGGUGCAUUGCAAAACCUUGGAUAUGUUACUGAUCAAUUUGAAAGCUAUAAAGCAUCAGCAAUUAGAGAGAGAGAAGAUCUUAAGAUGGAGAACUCAACUCUACAGGAAAAAGUAGCCAAGGCUGAAAAAAGUGCAGAAGAUGUUCACCAUCAGAUGUUGACAGCCGAGAGCACAAAUCAAGAAUAUGCAAGGAUGCUUCUAGAUCUGCAAAACAGAUCAACACUGAAAGAAGCAGAAAUUAAAGAAAUCACAGUUUCAUCUCUUAAAAAAAUAACUGAUUUGCAAAACCAACUCCAACAACAAGGUGAAGAUUUUAAGAAGCAACUAGAAGAGGAAAAAGCGAGGAAAACUGAGAAAGAAAAUAUACUGGCAGAAUUAACUGAGGAAACUAACAAAUGGCGUCUCCUUUAUGAAGAGCUGUACAACAAAACAAAACCUUUUCAGCAACAACUGGAUGCAUUUGAAGCAGAGAAACUGGCAUUGUUAAAUGAACAUGGUGCAACUCAGGAACAGCUAAAUAAAAUAAGAGAUUCGUAUGCUGAGUUAUUGGGUCACCAGAAUCUAAAGCAGAAAAUCAAGCAUGUUGUGAAAUUGAAAGAUGAAAAUAGCCAACUCAAAUCGGAGGUGUCAAAACUCCGAUCUCAGCUUGCUAAAAGGAAACAAAAUGAGAUCAGACUUCAGGAAGAACUGAAUAAAGCUCUGGGUAUCAAACACUUUGAUCCUUCAAAGGCUUUUCAUCAUGAAUGUAAAGAAAAUUUGGCACUCAAGACCCCGUUAAAAGAAGGCAACACAAACUGCUGCUGAGUUCUUAUGCAACAUCAAGGAUCAUGCAAGUAAAUGUUGGAAACGCCUGUUGAUGAUGUUUCUUGUUCUUGCUGAUGUUAUGUCUAUUAUCAAUAUAAUGUAUUUAAUUUUUACUGCUUAUUAGGUCUAUGAAAGGAAGUGCAGCAUUCCUUAUCAAAAUGUCUUUUGACAUUUUAUUUUCUAUUACGUAUUUCCUUAAUCCUAACCUUUAUGAUCUCAUUCUGAGCCAUAUAAUUUGCUUUCCAGCUUACAGCACACCCCCAUCAAAUCAACAUUAUUUUAAAAACUGUAUUAAAUUAUUUUCCCCUAUUCUGGACCCUCACUUUUGA